AUUAAAAUGGCUACUGGAGGGGAGUGUGCCAUGAUGUCAGAGCUCGAAAAGGCAAGGCAAUUUCUAGGGACCAGAUUCUUUAGCCAAAGUUUUUAUGACUUUGAACACAAACCUAAAUAUUUAGAAGACGCUGUAAGAACAGUAACGCAGCUAUUAAACAGGAGUGCUAGUCAUGGAGAGAGUAACUCUCUUUUAGUUAUUGGACCAAGGGGUGUUGGAAAAUCUUGGGUUGUUGAGAAAGCAUUGUCUUCAUCUGUGAAUGAAGAACUAUUCAUUAAAGUUUAUUUGAAUGGGUUAGUCCAUACUGAUGAUUACCAUGCCUUGUUGGACAUUGCACAUCAACUAGAUGUACAUUCACAGUUUGAAGAUGAAAAGUUGUCAUCUUCAGCUGCUCUUAAUUACAUGUUAGAUGGGUUGCAGUCAGGUGACAGAAGGAAUAAAUGUGUCAUAUUCAUCUUAGAUGAGUUUGAUUUGUUCACACAGCACAAGAACCAAACACUUCUGUACAAUUUAUUAGACAUUUGCCAAAGCCCAGUUAAUCCCAUAGCCUUGGUUGGUUUGUCGUGUCGAUUAGACAUUAAUCAAUUAUUAGAGAAGCGUGUCCUAUCAAGAUUUUCUCAUCGAGUAGUUCACCUUUUUCCUCAUUGUCAGUUUGAAGAUUUUACAAGAAUUUUUUUAUCAUUAUUACAACUACCACCUGAUAAUGAACUUUGUCCUGGAACUCCAUUCUGUAAAAAAUGGAAUGAACAUAUUUUAGAUCUUAGCAAAAAUGAUAGCGUUUUAUCUAUUCUCAAAACGAUGCAUCUAAACUCGCCAGAUUGUCAGUCUCUCAAAUCAGUAUUAUCUUAUGCAGUGUCCAAGAUAGGCAGUGAUAGUGUUAACAAUUUGACAGUUUCGCUAUUACUUGAAAGUUAUCAUUUUGUUGUGUCGGGUCAUCAGUCAAGACAUUCAUUAUUACAUGAUCUCAGCAUAUUAGAGUUAUAUUUAAUUGUUACAUGCAAAAACAUCUCCAGCAAUGAUCUGUAUGAGUUUCUAAAUUAUGAAAUCAUAUAUGAAGAAUAUCAUAAAUAUGCUUCCAAAUAUUCACACAAUGAGCUAUUUUUAAACAAAGGGAUUGUUUUUAAAGCCUUAUCAAGACUUGUUAAAUUAGAACUUCUUUGUCCGGUGUCAUCUGCAUCUUCAAAUCCUGAAGAAUAUCAGCAUUUACAGUUAAUGUUAAGUGACGAUGAGAUUACAAGUGCUGUUGAUAGUUACAAGGAGUGUCCAACUGAACUGAAAUAUUUUUUGACUAAUCAGUAGAAUUAUUAUUUAAUAAAUUAUUAUAGCUCUAGUCUAUUCAAGUAUCCUGA